AUGCAUCGCAUACUUUCCGUCGUCUCGCUUUCGGCCUGUCUCCUGGCAUCGACUGCUGUCGCUUCGACUACGUCUUCGACAUUUGACCUGGGGAGAUUCAACCCCCAGGACAUCAUCACACGGGAUGUGGCCGUCAUCGGUGGCGGCUCUGCUGGCACCUACUCAGCCAUAAGCCUCAAGGACAAAGGCAAAUCGGUCAUUGUCAUUGAGAAGAAAGACAGGAUAGGUGGUCACACCGAGACGUAUAUUGAUCCUGCGACUGGCACUACCAUUGAUAUGGGGGUCAUGAUCUUCCACAAUAUCACCAUUGUGAAGCACUACUUCAGACGGUUUGAUAUCCCACUCGCCAAUGCUCCCGGGUUCUUCCAGUUGUUGCGCAACUAUGACUUUCGCACCGGGAAAGAAAUCACUCUUUCGUUUACUCCCUCGGCAGCGGAGGUAGCCGCUGCCUUGACUACCUAUGCGGCGCAGCUUUCCAAAUACCCCGGGCUGAACGAUGGGGUAUUCCUCCCAAACCCUGUGCCCGAGGAGUUGUAUAUGCCGUUUGGGGACUUCGUACAGAAGUACGGGCCCAUGGGAUGCAUUGGUCUUAAUUCCGGAUAUCUACCAAGAUUCCUACACGCAGCCUGGAGCUCAUCCAGCGGAAGUAGACAGAGCUCGUAUGCAGCACCUCUCCCAGACAACACAUCCAUACACCUCUCGCAGGCCGUGUCAGACAGUCAGCUUAGUGGCAAGCAGCAGGGAUAUCUCGUAUAUGUAUAUCCGUCCAGACUGCCGUUCGUGGUGCCGUUCCCAACCACAGCAGCAAGUCCACAGUACAUCGCGAAUGCAUGA